UGAUCUUCCUCACCAUUCUAACACUUGUUGGCCACCCAAGUAAAAACCUAUUGAUAGCCUUUUUAUGAGCCGGCAAUGUGGCAUCAUUGAGUAUUGACCACAUUUAUUUGUGUUGUAUUUCGUAUUUUGGCGGAUUACAGUUAAUCACUUAAUCUGUUUGUGGCAGUAGGAUACAUCAAAGAUGACCUCUGCAACAUAUCCGAUCCUAACGCUAGCGGCCUCAAUUCCUAGACUAUCCUUCGUCACCCAUUUCUCCUCAAAUCUGUAUCGUUCCAAAGCCUGUGGGUUCGAUGGACUUUCACGCCUAAGAUCUGUUCACGGCUCACCAACACUUGCCAAGUUUGAUAAAUUUCAAGGCCAGGACAAUUAUGAAGAAGAUAAUCCACAACAAGUUGAAGAAUUUGAAGAGGAUGACAGUUGCCUUCCUUCGGAUUUGGAGGGUGCGGUGCAUCAAUCAGGCCAAGCAAGUGCGGAGUUUAUUUCUUCAGGAGGAAUGAGAGCUAUAGUAGAGCUAUUAAUUCCACAGUUGCAGUUCCUUGAUAAUGAAGGGGCCCAAGCAGAGCUUUGGGAGCUGUCAAAGAUCUUUUUGGACACUCUAAUUGAAGAAACGGGAGGCCAGAGAGUUAAAGCCAUAUUUCCGGAUGCUGGUGCUGCUGCACUUUUAAAAUAUCGAUGGAAAGAUGCUGCAUUUGAUUUCUCCAGCUUAGGUGAUCGGAAGCCAGUGAGCGCUGAAGAUGAUAUUAUUGUGAUGGUGGUUCCAGAUUACCAGAUGUUGCAAUAUGUGGAAAAACUUGCAGCCGACCUUUCUGAUGAUCCGCCUAGGCCUCUCAUCAUGUGGAACCCUCGACUUGUUAGUGAAGAUGUUGGCGUUGGGAUCAAUGUCCGCAGAUUACGGCGCAACUUUUUGAGCACAUUUACUGUUGUCUACUCAAUGAAGCCUCUUCCAUCAGGAGCUGUGUUUAGAUGUUACCCUGAAGUGUGGAAGGUGUUUUAUGAUGAUAAGGAAAGGCCCAAUAGGUAUGUGCUUGCUAAGGAAUUCAUACAACGUCCGGAUAUAGACGAACUCGAGAUAAAUUCUACUAUGCUUGAUAAAGAUUAUCACGCAUUCUGCAGAAUUGUUCUAUCCUCAAACUGGUAA